AUGGCCGGCACGUUCAAGUCGUUAUCGUCAUGGGUCCUCGGCAAAGGCGCCAGCACCAACGACGCCCAAGCUGCGGCGCUCUUCCCCAAAGUCGAUCCCGCCGUUGAUGGCGAGGAGUGUCUGCACGACUGCCGCUCGUGCACGAUUCGGUAUCCGCGCAAGUUCGACAUUGACGAGGAGGAUGACCUGUACGGGCAGGUCAAGGCGUGGAGCACACACAUGCUUGUCGCGACGGGCAAGACGGACUGGGUGCGGGACGUCGCCGACGAGGAGGGCAGUGUGAUGCAGGCGGUGGCCAAGGCGGACGUGCCGAGUAACGGGACAUUGAAGCUGUCAGCGUCCAACAUGCCCACGCCCCACGACACGAGCGACUACUCGGAACCGACGACGAUCCUACUCCUCCCUGCCUUCACAUAUGUCGACAACGUCCUCCCGAGAAACGUGCCCACGUUAAUAGAUUCCAUCAUAUCGCAUGCGCCGACGACCGAGUCGCCGCUCGACACACCGUUCACACCACAGGCCGUCGAGGGCAUGAUCCCGCGGAACUGUCCACACAGCGCGGUCAUCCUCAUGUGCAGCCACCGGACGCGCGACGCACGCUGCGGACAGAGCGCGCCGCUGCUAAAGAAGGAACUGGAGCGGCAUCUGCGACCGCUGGGUCUGCAGAGGGAUAUGCAUGAUGAAAGACCGGGCGGUGUGGGGAUAUACUUUAUCAAUCACGUCGGCGGGCACAAGUACUCGGCGAAUGUGAUGAUCUACCGACGGAGAAACGCGUUUGGACAAGACGCAGCACCCGAGGGCGCGUCCUCGAACGGGCAUGAGAAUGGGAACGGAAAAGCAGAGGGGCAUGAUGGUGGUGCCGCGCAGGGGAUAUGGUUGGCGCGCGUGCGACCAGAGGACUGCGAGAAUCUCAUCCGGUAUACGGUGCUCCAGGGCAAGGUGGUCAAGCCGGAGAAGCAGCUGCGUGCUGGGUUUGACCGCGCGCGAGGUGUGAUGAGCUGGUGA